ACGGUCACUUUUCAAUUAAUAACACAUUUUUUCCCGCCGUGUUGUUUAACUCGUCGUAACAGAAAACUAUAAUUCAAAAAAUUACAAAACCCCUGCCAAAAAUGAGAGUCAGGCAAAAGCUGCGGCAGGCGAUUGACUCACUGUACAUCGGUGGCCAGGCGAGCGCUGAAGCAUACACGCGGCUCGUGCUGGGAUGCGUCCGAGCCAACGAUGUCGACCAAGCCAAGAGAUUGCAAUCUCACAUGGAUCUUCACUAUUUUACACCCAGUGACACGUUUCUGCACAAUCGUCUCCUUCACUUGUACGCUAAGUCUGGGAAAAUUUUGGAUGCUCGAAACCUGUUCGAUAAAAUGCCUCAAAGAGAUGUUAUCUCCUGGAACGCUAUGCUUUCUGCGUAUGCGAAAUCUGGGUCGAUUGAGAAUUUGAUAGCGGUGUUUGAUGAAAUGCCUUUUCGUCUUCGUGAUUCUGUUUCGUAUAAUACUGUUAUUGCAGGUUUGGCUGGAAGUGGGUUUUCCAAUAGGGCGCUUGAAGUUUUUGCGAGGAUGAAUAAAGAGGAAUUUGAGCCGACUGAGUACACUCACGUGAGUGUAUUGAAUGCAUGUUCACGGCUAUUGGAUUUGAGGAAAGGAAACCAGAUACAUGGUAGAAUUGUUGUUGGUAGUUUGGGAAAGAAUGUUUUUGUGUGGAAUGCUUUGACUGAUAUGUAUGGUAAGUGUGGUGAGAUUGAUAGAGCGCGGUGGUUGUUUGAUAGAAUUAGAGAUAAGAGUAUAGUUUCGUGGAAUUCGAUGAUAUCUGGGUACUUGAAAAAUGGGCAACCUGAGAAAUGUAUUGAUUUGUUUCGGAAGAUGCAAUUAGGUGGUUUGAAACCUGAUGAGGUUACAGUCUCGAAUGUUCUUGGUGCUUAUUUUCAAAGGGGAUUGAUAGAUGAAGCAAGUAAAAUUUUUGGCAUGAUUAAAAACAAGGAUAAGGUUUGUUGGACAACAAUGAUUGUUGGUUAUGCACAGAAUGGAAAGGAAGAAGAUGCCCUAAAUUUGUUUGGCAAGAUGUUAUUAGAAGGUGUCAACCCUGACAAUUUUACAAUCUCUAGUGUGGUUAGUUCCUGUGCAAGAUUAGCCUCUUUAUGUCAUGGUCAGGUUGUUCAUGGGAAAGCCAUUCUUCUUGGAGUUGAUGAUGAUUUGCUUGUGUCUAGUGCCCUUGUUGAUAUGUAUUGCAAAUGUGGAGUCACUAGGGAUGCCUGGGUUGUUUUUGACAUGAUACCAUCUAGGAAUGUCAUUUCUUGGAAUGCCAUGAUUACGGGUUAUGCACAAAAUGGACAAGAUUUAUAUGCCCUGGCCCUUUAUGAAAAAUUGUUACAAGAAAACUUGAAACCUGAUAGUAUUACCUUUGUGGCUGUUCUAUCUGCUUGUAACCAUGCUGGUUUAAUUGAAGAAGGACGCAGAUAUUUUGAUUCCAUCAGUAAACAGCAUUCAUUAAUACCCACUUUGGAUCACUAUGCAUGCAUGAUCAAUCUCCUUGGGCGUUCAGGUUGCAUGAGAGAAGCAUUGGAUUUAAUUAAAAAUAUGCCCCAUGAACCAAAUUCCUUAAUCUGGUCGACACUUCUUUCUGUUUGUGCAAUAAAGGGUGACAUCAAACAUGGGGAAAUGGCUGCUAAGUGUCUCUUUGGAUUGGAACCCCAUAAUGCAGGACCUUACAUCAUGCUCUCUAACAUGUAUGCCACCUGUGGGAGAUGGGAAGAUGUGGCCUCUGUGAGAUCUCUCAUGAAAAUUAAGAAUGUCAAGAAGUUUGCUGCUUAUAGUUGGAUUGAGAUUGAUAAUGAAGUUCACAAGUUUGUAUCAGAAGAUCGAAGUCAUCCAGAGACAGAAAUCAUAUAUGAAGAACUGAGCAGACUGAUUAAGAAAUUGAAGGAAGCUGGCUUUGUGCCUGAUACAAAGCUGGUUCUCCAUAAUGUGGUGGAGGAGGAAAAGUUUGCAUCCAUUUGUUACCAUAGUGAGAAACUUGCUCUCGCUUUUGGAUUGAUCAAAAAGCCCCAGGCAACAACACCCAUUAGGAUUAUGAAGAACAUUCGUGUUUGUGGUGAUUGCCAUUUAUUCAUGAAAUUUGUGUCUAAAAUUAUUGGGAGGCCAAUCAUCUUGCGAGAUUCAAACAGAUUCCAUCAUUUUGUUGGCGGAAGUUGUUCGUGCAAGGAUUACUGGUAAUGAGCAUCUCAAAGAGAUCAGAAGAUCAGCUGAGCCUUGCUAGAAAGUAAAUGUUCUGCAGCCAAGAUUGAAGGGCCGAUGGAAGGAAGAAUUCCUUCCCUCAGAGAUUUCAAAUAGUGGGAAGGGCUUCUAUUUAACUAUUGUGGGAUUCUUGAGAAGAAGAAUGACAAGUUUAAAGGACUGUCUCAAUCAAAGGAGCUAGAGUACGCUUGCCAGAAUUUCUAAUAACAACGUUCCUUGUUAAGGAUUGUUAAGCAUUAUUACUAUCGUCGGAUU